UUGCCAAUUCGAUUACCAGUCUCCAUUGUUUUUCUUUACGUCAAUCUGCUUAGAACUGUCAUUGUAGUGGAACAUAUGUAAAACUCCUCAAUUCUAUUUAUUAAGUUGUGUUAAUGUUUACCGUCAAAUACAGAUGUGAUACAGAUAUGAACAGUGACAAUUCUGCCUGUUUCGGAGAUUGCCCAAAACCCAAAAAAUCCAAGCCUUCGGAAGAAAUUUGUACCAUACCAUAUUGGGCUCAUUUACCCUCAAUCGUAAUCCACGAUAUUUUUGACCUUUUGAAUAAAUCGGAUCGGCAAAAUGCGUCAAGUGUGUGUAAAAAUUGGAGACAGAACGUCUUUCAUCCAAAGUGGUGGCCUGAGGUCACUUUUAAAAUCCAACCAUACAAUAUCGAUAGAGCCAAAUUUUUUACCUCAGUUUUUGGUAAAAUUGUCUCAGUUGCGAGAGUUCAAGUGAAUACAUUAGCACCGGAAUGCACGGACGAAUUUAUUACACUGUUAGAAGCUUUAAGUGAAAAUAAUAACUUAAAAGAACUGAUUAUCGAACCCACUCAUUGUCAUUUUAACAUCUCAAGAUACCAUAGCAAAUCCAGUUAUAAUAUUCAAAAUGUGAUAAAUAUAUUAAAAAGAUGUCUACCUAACUUGUCCAAGUUCAGUAUUGGUUGCAUCGAGGAUUUUGCUCACUACCUCGACGAGUACUUAAUGAUUUUAGCAAAUCAGCAAUCAGAAAAAGUGACUGUGUUGGGGCUAGCAUCAGUUAAAGAUAAUCCAAAUGAAUACGAAGAUUCAUACUUUGAAUGUGAUUUGAUCAAACCUUUUACGAAUUUAAAGGUAUUAAGCAUAGACUUCGAUCAAUUAUCGGAUAAUUUUCUAAGUUGUUUAGAUGACGCAAAAAAUUUAGAACGUUUAAUAGUGCAUUUACACGGAGUUCGGGAUGGCCACCCAGGCACAACGAAUGCUGCAUGGGCUGACUUUAAAAAUCAGCAUCCAAAAUGCGAAUUAAGACUCACUGUGAUUCAUUCAUAUGACGAAAUUAAAGUUUUACACGAAACCGUUCUCAAAGGGCAAAUGCCGCUGACGCAUUUGAAGGUAUUUUUCUGUGAAAAUAUAAAUAUGGGAGUUUUGGAAUUUCUGCCUGCAUAUUAUACAGAAACGUUGCGAAGUAUUAUGUGGGUUGACUCCCUAAGUAACGGCAAAGAGAGUUGGUCGUUUUUGACAUCGCACUAUGACAACAGUCCGGAUCCGUUGAUUAUGAUGUCGUGGCUGUGCAAGAAAUUGGAAGAAUUGGUGCUCUAUGGUUACAAGUAUUGCGAGGAGAAUCUGGUUGCUAUCGCUAGGCUUCGGGGCGACAAAUUAAAGAAAUUAGAAGUAGCAAAAGAUGAUAUUUUAUUGUCAAAUAGUGACUACAAUCUUUCAUACGGGAACUUUAUGAUUGAUAUUCCACUACAUUUGAAGCAACCGUGGGCACCAACAAAGACUGCGAAUCUCCAUCCCGUCAUACGUAAUCCGACGGCAGGAGAUUCAGACGAGUACUUGUUGCCGAUAGUUCUAGCUGACCUGCACUAGUUAAGUACAACAAUUAAAAAGAACAAAAACACAAAAAUAAUAUUAAUGAAUAAAACAUCUACGUACGACUCAACAAAGAAAAUCUGUUUAGUAUUAUUUCGAAUAUUAUAGUUCAACAACUGCAAAGAUUUUGUACAUAGAAAAAGGACCAUUGUAACCAGGAGUUACACUAUAUUUAAAACGAUUACUACUUAAAAAAAAAAAUCAAAAGAAUGUUGAAGUUUGCGUUCCUUUUUGAGUGUUUCUUUUUUGUUAUCAGUGACUUAAGUUGUUGUGCUAUAAAGAGAAACGUUUUAUGUGAAUGUAUUGUAUGUUUAAGUCUACUUAAUUGGAAGAGCAGCAAUUGCUCGUUGUUUGUGUUAUUCGUCAGCGUAAAAGCACUGAUUUGUUUUCUGUUUUACUCUUUGAUAAUAAUUUUACGUGGAGCUGGAGGAUUAUUGUCACGUUCCAACACCUUUUGAAUUAAUCUCGACAUAAGAAUGACAACUGUUUUUUCAUUAGUUUCUCUAAUAUUUUUCGUUGUAUAAAGUAGCGAUAAGAAGAAAAACAUCUGUGAUAUAAGUAACUCUUACAAAUUCGAUGAAACAACGAUUGUUAACAUAAAAGCAGAUACAUAAUUUCAAAGGAGAUCCAAGUCUUUUGAAACAACUUUCUGCCAAUGUACCUGCCAAGUGUUUUCAAAAAAACAAAAACAAGAAAACGUAACUUGUUGCUGUCGUUACCAACCAAUCGACAAAUUACUCAGUUAACGGCAACGCAGAGACAAGAACUGAUCUAUCUAUAUCUAAAGAAGUUAACAAUCGAAUAAGAGUGUGAAUGUCAUUGCAGUGUUCCAACAAUGCGAUAAUGCAUUUUAUUUUUUUAAUAUGUUGUGCUUGUGAUAAGUUUCAUUUUUAACAAGAAGUAUUAUUAUGUUGGUCUGUAACUUAUUUGUUGCUGAUUACGUAAGAGCAACAAACACCAACGUGUUUAUUUUUUAAUGAGAUUUGUAUGUUUAAAAGACACGUCACAUCGAGAUCGCUGUUAUCGGAAAGGUGCUGUUCCUAUAUUUACAUCAUACGACCAAUUUAAAGAAAACAAGAAUCCGUGGGUUUAGACCAUCUAAAUUGCCAUUCCAAUACCUUAUUCCGUAGGAUAAUUAGCUGUGAAAUGAUAAUCUAUAGCGUGUUUUCUGUUCGAAUUUUCUGGAAGAUACAUCAGUUUGACUGUGAUAGCAAAAUUCUCCUUCUUUAACGGUAUCACACAAAUGCAUUUGCUCUGAUCCUUGAGAACAGAAAACGGACGCUGAUGUGUGUAUAUAAGAAGCUGUUAAGAUCAAGUACCUGAAUAUCAAGUGAUUAUAGCGAAAAUUAGCCUGCUAUUGUAACUCUUAACCCUAGUCCAAAGCGUUGAAUAUUGAAUAAAAAUCUUUAUUAUGUAAUAUAGAAUGUGUGAAUGGAUGAUUAGAGCUUCCCCGGCGCACUCCCGAACACCCGUGGGAUUGCGAAACGGUCGAUGAGGAGUUGAAUUUUUACGUUGUUAACAGGAGCUUCCAGAGGUGUUUGAGGAAGUGCGCUCGCCGGGAAUAGAUUGUUUGAAGUUAAGUUGCCAUCUUAUCAUGAAACUAUCUGUGAUGUACAGGCGGACACAUUGUUAACAGCGUACAUAUGUUAAACAGCGCUCAAAUGUUACAAUGUAGGUCUCACCAGCCUUAGCAUAAAUUCCACUCAUGCUAACGCUAAAUAAUAUUUAAAGAAUACAUGUGUUGUCUGUAAAGUAUAUAUCGAACGACGCAAUGAAAAUCGAUAUUUUAUCAAAACAAACGAAAACGUGUAGACAAUAAAAUGGCUAGCGAGGCAACACUGCACGAUCGAGCUGUCCCUCGUAUGAUCAAGGUCAGGGACGUCAAAAAUAGUCAUUUCCGUGAUUUUAUCGUUUCUACCGCUUACGUUAACAUUAUGACUACAAUUUUUUUAUAGAAUGUUCUUUCCGUAUUUUUGUAACCUAUAUACAAGUUUUGUUCAGUUAUGUUCAGGCACUGCGAUGUUUAUGAAGCAGUUGUCAAAGUCUUAAUUGUAAUAAGUCUAAUAAGUCUAGCACUGUUUGUUUAUUCUUCUUUUAAUUAUUGCACUGUCUUUAACAUUCAACGCGAUCGACUGACUUUGUCGUCUAUUCGUUGACGACAAACUCGGUUUCGCAUCGUUUUGAAUAUAAUUAUUGUUAUCGAGAAGAAAUCCUUUUUAGAAUAGUGUUAGUGUAGCAUGAGAAUUAUAAAAUGUAGAUUGAUUUUAUGAUGCAAAAAGAAAUUUAUAAAUGUACUCUUUCAGUGUUAUAAAAUGUUUCAAAUUUAAUCUUUAAUCAGUAUGUUAUAUCAAAGAAAUAAUUAUAUUCCGUUUUGAAUGUAACAUGUAACUUGAAUUGGUUAAUAAACAUUUGGUAUCU